AGCAGCGUGAAUAGUCUGAACCGGCCGGUGUGGUGCUGAGAGAGUGAGUGUGUGACAGACACAGCAAUCCGACUAAUAUUAAGCUUUUUUAUUUUUUUAAUCCAUUUCAGCGUUUCAGAAGCGGUUUGUAUUAAAAGAUGAUGCGAAGAUCAAGAAUCAGCGUUAAACCUAACUUCAGGCCUGGAAACCGGACUGGGACGGAAGGCGAGCAGGCCACCCCGAGGGUGGGUGUAGCGGGUGACACCUUGCCAGGAGUUAAAGCUGAAGAAUUGGCCAAGCCAGCACCAUCUGACCAGCAAAAUGCAACACUUAAAGAGGCGUCUGAAGAUGUGGAUGUAAAAGAGACCCCUGAAAUGCCUUCAAAUAUAAACCAAAAUGAUGGAGCACCCUCUAGUGGAGCUGCCGCUUCAUCUGCAGCUCCACAGAGGAGAAUGAGGAUCUCCGCUGCUCCAAAACUUGUCGGGCCUAAACUUAGUUCCACGCCUCGAUCUCAACCGUCUGCCAGGAUGCCUAGCUCUGCCCCAUCGCCCAUGCCCAAUGAAGAACAUGUCCAGAGCAAUGAUUCAUCUUCUGAAGCUCAGGAUCCUGUCUCAGUAAUCUCUAAUGAGCUGCCUGAAUCAGGGACACCUAGUAGUUCCAAAUCUGCUACAGAAUCACGUACACAGUCUUGCACGAAGACGCAAUCGUCAUCAUCUCUGUGCCUUCCUUCCACUUCUGGUCUUCUAAAGUCUCCAAUCCAUCGAAAAAAUUCUGUUGAGGUUUCUCCACCAUCUCCACAGCCCGGUCAAGUUCCUCAGCAACCACCACAAGAACCAGAAUCUCCUGAAAGUCCAUCUACUUCAGAUCUGUCUUCAGUUUGCGUCAAGCCUUCACAUUCAGACAAAGCGGAUUCUACUGAGAUGACUGAAAAAUCCUCAGACAAAAACCGAAUAUUAAGGGCUCUUAAAUUGAAGGAGUUGAUGAAGAUUGAACGGAGAAAAGAUAUUCAGAAGGAGAAGAGAAAGGUUGGUUAUAAGAAGUACACAGCUUUGGAUCGCAGUAAGAUGACCAUGAGGGACCUUAUCCAUUACUUACCCAAUACCAGUCCUAUGAGGUCUUCCGUAGUUCAUGAGGAGAACCCAGAAGAGAUCGUUAUUCCGCCUUCACCAAAGGAACAAAUAAAAACAGCAGAGAGGAAUGAAGAAGAAGAAGAAGAAGAGGAGGAGGAGGAGUCUGAAAAUGAAGAAAUGCUGGUGCCGAAGGUCAGAGUGGCGGAGGACGGCUCAAUCAUUCUGGAUGAAGAAAGUUUGACGGUACGAGUAAAAAGGACCUCAAACACCAAAGUGGUGGAGAACUCUUCUGCUCUGUUUGAGCGCGGCUCUACCACGACUUACUCCAGCUUCAGAGCAGUAAACUAUGUAAAGAGCUGGUCAGUCAGAGAGACAGACUUGUUCUUCUUGGCCAUUAGCAUGGUGGGGACAGAUUUCUCUCUGAUUGGUCAGCUGUUGACCCACCGUAGCCGGUCAGCAAUUAAGAGUAAAUUUAAGAAGGAGGAGAAAGUCAACCCAUGGAGAGUAGACAAAGCCUUGAGAAACAAGCGACCCUUUGACAAAGAGUUCUUCACCUAUUUGCUAGAGAAGGUUUUGGAAAAAGAUAAAGACAAAAAAAAAGCUAUCAAACUUGUGCUGCCAAAAACCAAGAAAUCAAGGCGAUCCAAAGGAAAAACAUCAAAUAAAGUUUGUGUUGAUGAUGAUGAUGAUGAUGAUGAUGAUGAUGAUGAAGAUGAUGAUAUCUUCCAAACGGAUGAUCUUGAAGACUUGGAGGAUGACGAUGAUGCUGUCAGCGUAGAAAACGAAAGUCAAGAUGUGUCUAAUGUAAAAGAAUCAGAUAACCCGGUCCCGGCCAAAAAGAGACGCAAACGCACCAGAGACGUCAGCAAGGGUAAAGACAAAGACAACUCCACUGAGGAACAAGAUAAAAGAAAAAGGCAAAGAAAAUGCAACAAGAAAACCAAAGUAAAUUCCAAGGAUGAUACCGAAGGUGAAAGCAACCUGAAUGUCGAGGGCGAUGCUAUGAAUGUAAGUAAGGAGGAUGAACUUGAAGGAAGUACUUCAGCUUCAAAAAGAAGGCGUAAGCGCUCCAAGAGCAAUGAAGGGAAACAAAACGAAAAGCCAGUUAAAGAGAAAAAGUGCAAAAGAAACAAGAAAUCACUCGAAGUCGCCUGUGACCAUGAAGAGCCUGAUGGUCAACAUGAAGAAAGCAUUGUAGAUGAGGAGGGUCCUUCUACUAAAAAGAAAAGAAAACGAGCCAAAAACAGCGAUUUGGAUGGAGAUGAGCCAGUCAAGGGGAAAAAGAACACGAAAAGAAAAAAGGCGCUGAAAAGUGCAGUAGAAGAGGAAGGAGCUGAAGCAGAAGGAGGAGAAGCUUCAGCAGAUUUACAGGAGCCUGAACGGUUAAAUGCUCCGGUCACAGCUGAGGUAGCGGAUAAUGUUCCUCCGAAAGCUACAAGGCAGAGUAAGAAACCUUUGCCUAAAUUGACUAAUGCACGAAGCAAGAAAAGGAAUGAACCAGAAGCUUCUGCUGAAGUUCAAAAGGAGUCAAGGAAUCAAGAUGAGAAUAACCCUGAAUCCAUUCUGACGGCAGCAGGCAGUCCUUUGGAGGAUGUGAGGCUCCAGAUGCAACCAGUUGUGGUGCUGGAAAAGACCCCCCCAAGGCAGCAAUAUUUGCUCAGCCCUUCAAAAGUCGAUAAUGAAUCGGAGUCUCCUGCUUCUCCGUCUAGCAGUGAGAGUUCUCCUACUCAGCAGACAAGAAUGCGAAGAGCGGGAAGAGUAAAGCGCGAUCUGUCCACCAGUCGGAAGACAGGAAGGAAAGGAAUGACGCCUCAGGACGAGCCUGAACCGGAGAACCCCAUGGCUCUGUUAGAGUCCAUCACUCGGGAAUCUGAAGAUGAAGAGGAUGACACCUCCUUCAAUGAGAACCUGGUUGACUUGUCAUGCCUGCGUGAUUUAGAUAGUCCUAGGUUUCAGAAAAGGCCAAUGGUUGUGUUAUCUCGUGAAGAAGUGGAUAUGAUCCUUCAUACUUCAGAACAAAGUUCCGAGGAGGAUCCAUCUGUGAGUCCUCUGGAUUUAUCACUGAACACAGAGCUCUCAUUUCCGCUUCAAUGCAGCAAGCUCUUGGAAGAUAAUGAUGAAGAAGCUGUGGUUGAUUGUCCGUUUGAUGAACAUGUGGAAAGAACAAAUGAGAGCACUUCUUGUGAGGCAAGGAACCAUGAAGAAUCGGAGCUAACGGAGUCCGCGUCGGCACAGCAUGAUAUCUUAGACCUCAGGGACAUUUCUGCCUCAUUAAAUCCAGAGGUAUGCAGUCAACCAGAAGUAAGCUUAAGCAACAUAGCAACCUCGUGCCCAGUGGAGAACGCUGAACCUCAGGUGACCCACAAAGAAGCAGCAGUGCUUGAUCCGGCUCCAUCUCAGGUCAUUCUGGAAAAUGUAGAACCUCUCUGCAUGAAACCAGAUGCACCUGAGACCCAGGAAACGGUCACCACUGAAGCUACUACAGUUGACACUUCAUUGGUGGUCUCAGAUGUCCAAGAGGAAUCUGAGAAAGCAAUGCAGCCAUGUUUAAUCAAAGAACCUGGACUAGCUUCCUCUGAACUCGCAGCGCAAUCGAAGCUGACCUCAAUAGGACCAGAGUUUGGAUCCCAAAAGCCUUUGCGGGCAGUUACAGAUAUGAAAGGGGAAUUUCAAACGUCUCUGGAGGGGCCUUCUCAAACAUUGCAGGUCUCAUCAGAAAGUAAAGAGGAUACACAGGAAUCUGCCAUGGCAAGUCCAGAGAUAAAAGCAAAAAGUUGUGCGGUUGCACUAGAGGCCCAGGAGGACUCCCAGGAAGAUGUGUCUGUUCAAUCCAGUGGUGCCUCCACUUCUUCUGAAAAUGGCACCAGACCAACAAGUAGGAGCAGAAUUCUGAAGCCUAAACCCAACCUGAGUCAAAAAUCAAGAGGCACAGUGCUCCAAAACCAGAGACAACACCUCAAAACACCCAGUACUCUAAAACCCAAGAGCAGUGAGCCUACAGACUCCACAGAGAAGCUACUUUAUAGUCCUGAUAAUGACCAGCUUCAUUCAUUAGAAGACUUCAGUAAGCAGAACCUCACUAAAGAAGAGGAAACCUCUCUGUCAAAUGCAAUGGAUCGAAUGGAGUCUGAUUCAACAAAAGGUCUCAGUGAUACAUCUACAGCAGUACCAGAUCAGGAGAACAUCGCUACAGUAUCUCAGAAUCCGACCAGUGCUGAUGAGCCUCAGGAGGCUUCAGAAUGUAGUAGCAGUAAAAGUGAUGUUGACAUGAUACCACCUUGUGCUUCGUUGACUCCACCUCAGACCAGAGAAGAUACAGACGAAGGGCAGAUGAUUGUUCCUUCUGAGGAUGUCUGUGCCCCAGCACAAAUUUUCCACUUAACUGAAGAUGGUCAGAAUGAUGAGGAACCCACAUUUAUCUUGACCCUGUACGAGAUUCCUGUCACCGAGUCCUCCCUGCCUGCGUCAAAUAAUGACUCUGUGAUGACCUCUGACCUUCCCACAGUUGAAACCCAAGCAUUUUUGGGGUUUUCAGACCAGGCACAAAGUUUGCCAUCUACAUCAGAAUCAUCCAGAAUAGAUCCUCCGCAGCCGGAAAAUGAUUUAAGCAUCGUCAAUAAGGAUUUGUCAGAGAACAGCAAGGACCAAAUCUCAGCAAAUGCAUCUCGUAUCAUUUCCCCACACACAAAGCAUGAAGACAGUGUUGCUUCUGCAAAUCUGGAAGUGGAUAUACCAACACCUGACCCCCAAUCAGAGUGCAAAAAGAGUUCAGAAUAUCUCCCUCUUGAUUUGAGAACCAGCAUUCACAGCACAACUUCAGAGUUUAGUGUUUCGAAAUUAACUUCUCUGUAUUUCAGCAGCACAACAUUACCUCAAGACUCUGAGGACACUGAACAUUGUGAGAGGGUUUCUCAUGUGCUGCUGGAAGAUGCCUUGGUCCCUGCUUCCGAGGACACAGGAGACAAAGACGGUACUGUGGCUAUAGAAAGAAAGCUUCAAAGCGAAGAUGAUAGCGUCACUGAAUGUUUUACAGAAAAUAUCAGAGAGGAAACAUCUCAAGAGCCCAUAUUAUUGGACACAAGGCAUGAUGCUGGUGGAAAUAUGGAAACAGGUAUUCCAGUUAAAGACCCCAGUUCAGAGUUCAAAAUAGGAUCAGAAUCUGCCCCAUUUGAAGACUUGACAUCCAAGAUUCAAAGCACAUCUUCUGGAUCUAACAUCUCGACAUGCAUCACAACAGUACAUGAAGACUCUGAGGACACUGAACAUUGUGAGAGGGUUUCUCAUGUACUGCUGGAAGAUGCCUUGGUCCCUGCUUCCGAGGACACAGGAGACAAAGACGGUACUGUGGCUAUAGAAAGAAAGCUUCAAAGCGAAGAUGAUAGCGUCGCUGAAUGUUUUACAGAAAAUAUAAGAGAGGAAACAUCUCAAGAGCCCAUAUUAUUGGACACAAGGCAUGAUGCUGGUGGAAAUGUGGAAACAGGUAUUCCAGUUAAAGACCCCAGUUCAGAGUUCAAAAUAGGAUCAGAAUCUGCCCCAUUUGAGGACUUGACAUCCAGGACUCCAAACACAUCUUCUGGAUCUAACAUCUCAACAUGCAUCACAACAGUACAUGAAGACUCUGAGGACACUGAGCAGCGUGAGAGGCUUUCUCAUGUGCUGCUGGAAGAUGCCUUGGUCCCUGCUUCCGAGGACACAGGAGACAAAGACAGUACUGUGGCUACAGAAAGCAAGCUUCAGAGCGAAGAAGCCACUUUACCUAAUGUCACUGAACAUUUUACAGAAAAUAUCAGAGAGGAAACAUCUCAAGAGCCCAUAUUACUGGACCCAAAGGAUGAGAAGGGUGAUGCUAUUGGAAAUGUGGAAACAGGUAUUCCAGUUAAAGACCCCAGUUCAGAGUUCAAAAUAGGAUCAGAAUCUGCCCCAUUUGAAGACUUGACAUCCAAGAUUCAAAGCACAUCUUCUGGAUCUAACAUCUCGACAUGCAUCACAACAGUACAUGAAGACUCUGAGGACACUGAACAUUGUGAGAGGGUUUCUCAUGUACUGCUGGGUGAUGUCUUCGUGCCUGUCUCAGAUGAGACGGGAGACGAUUCAAACAAGGACGGGACAAUGGCUGCAGAAUGUAGGCUUGAAAGCAAUGAAGCGUCUAGAGUUAGUGUCACUGAGGAUUUAGCAGAAAAUGACAAGGAGCAAAUCUCUGAACACUUGACAUCUCAUGAACCCAUGUUAGUGGACACAAAGGAUGAGAAGAGUGAUGCUGGUGUAGAUCCGGGCCCCCAUUCAGAGAGCAAAUACGGUUCAGGAAUCGCCCCACUUGAAGGUUUGGCAUCCAAGACACCUUCAGGAUUGAACAUCUCAGAAGGAAUCACAUUACAUCAAGAGUCAGAGAACCCUGAACAGGUUUCUCAUAUGCUGCUGGGUGAUGUAUUUGUCCCUGUCUCAGAGGAGACUGGAGACGAUUCAAGCAAGGACCGGAUUAUGGCUGUAGAAUGCAAGGAAGCCUCUCCAGAAAGACAAGACCUUCCUUAUGAAGAGCCAACAACGGUAGGAAAUUUGUCAGCAGUGUCCAUCCCGCUGGUAGAGGACUCAAAGGACACACCACCUAUGUCAGAGAAGACAAAAGCACCUGCCAGAAGGAGAGAAAGACAAAGAGUCAAGCCACAACCUAAACUGGUGAAAAGGACGUGUGCUAAAGUUGCGUCCUCAAAAACCGACGAGGUUAAAAAGGAGUCGAGCCAGCCAACCUCCACACAUGUCGUCUUGCCCGCCUCUCAUGAAGAAAACCUGCCGGAUAUUUCAAAUACUACUACUGAGAAGUCAGAAGUAAAAACAUCCUCUAAAAGAGGAAACAAAACCUCUGCUAGUAAAGAAGAAUCUCCAAAAAUGUCUCCUACAGAGACAAAUCCCAUCUCCAGUGCUCUUCACUUAUCCAGAGAACCUAGGCUUGAAGAGGAAAAGAGGAAAGAUGUAAUGGAAGAUGCUACAGUUAAAGGUGACAUUGAUUCAUUUGUACAAGACAAGAAAUGGUCAGAAUCAACAUCCAGUGAAGGAGCAAACAUGCAGCCAUGCUGCGAGGACGUGCAUUUUAAUCUGAUGAAGAGUUCAGGUUCCGGCUCUUCGACUGUGGCCUCUAAGGAAAGCGAGGCUGAAACUCCAGUCGUUUCUCACAUGGUGUUGCCUGAUGUCUUCGUUCUCGUCUCUGACGAGACAGAGGAUGACUUAAGCAAUGAUAGGACAGUCUCUAUAGAAAGCAGUUCACAAAAAGUCAAUCUUCCACAGAAAGCUGCCACUCACUUUCAGAAGGAAUUAAGAACGGAAGAUGCGUCCCAAACAUCGACUGAAGAGUCGACACCGAGUCAGUCGCCAUUAGGGGAAAUGAAAACACCUGCCAGAAAGAGAGCAGACAAGCAGGAGGUGAAGAGAACAUGCACUAAAAAUGACUCGACAAAAACAACACCGAGUCAGCCAGCAUCUCCACGAGUCAGAACAUCAUCAUCAGCACAGCUAUCUACUCUACCUCAGAAUGGCAACAUGCUCCAACUAGAAGAAAGGUUACAGAAAAAGCAUCACAUCGUUCCAUGCAGCGUUAGACUGACCAGUCUUGACACUGUAGCCCAGAGUCUCAAUGCUCCUCAGCUUGGAGAUAUAAAGAGCAGCGAUAAGUCAACAGCGAUGAGUUCAACAUGCCAUGCGAGUGUAACGUCUGUAUCCAAGGAGUCAAGCACACCAUUAUUAUCGGAGGAGAUGACCGUGAAAGACUCAGGAUCUGAAAAGAAAUCCCCUUCAAGAAGGAAAGGCAAGAAAAAGGAAUCCCCGCCAGAUCAUUUAAAACCAGUUCAAACUCGGCAGCUAACCAUAACAGAUUGGGUUAAGAAAUGCCAGACUGCAACAAACCAGGAAGAAAAACAACCUGUGGAGUCUUCAAGCCUUGAAGCUAAUGAAGACCACCACUUCAUGGUUGAAAAGACAUGUUCAAAAUCGCAGCAUAAAGAUUUGGAAGAACCUGAAGGUUCUCACUUGGUGCCUACUUUGGAAGAGACUGAGGAAGUGAACAGCGUACAGUGUACAUCUACAGAGGUGAAAAGGUUAUCAGAAACGGUCAAGGAAUCAACCGAAGACUCAUCUGUGUCACAGGUGAAGAAAUCGCCUGCUAGACGGAGAGCCAAACUACAGGUGAAACCUACACUCUCAAAAAGAUCAUGUACCAAAAGUAAAGGUAAUACUUCUUCAACAAGCGAGCAGCCACAACCAACACGCUUCACCUCACCAACAAGGCAGCAUGAACGAGCAGCCAGAGAGAAGGAAGAGUCUGAAAACAAAAACAAGCAAGCUGCAGAAGAGGUUGCCGAUACAUCCAGCACACAAAGCUCUUCGAUAACAAGUGGUCCCCAUUCUCCCAACUCCCAAGACAUUUGGCCGAGGGUGGUUCUGCCGCGCGUAAAGUUAGGGACUACAGAAGCAGGCGUCUGCUCAACUUCAUCCACACCUACAUCCUCUCCAGCCAAGGUUUCACAAAGCGCAUCUCCACCAGUGUCUUCUCCACAGCCGAAGAAAUCCCCUACACAAAGCAGCUCUCCAACAACUAGUGAGAAUCCCGAUGAUGACCCAUCCAGAGUAUCCCAGUUCUUCCUCUGUGAUAUCUUUACUGAAGUAAAGGAGGCUGAAUAAGUGAUGUCCAUCUAUAACAACAAACAAACCAGAGAUUCUUGUGGAUCUUGCACUUGCUGCUUCCUCUCAAGGAAAAUAUCCAAAGCAAGCUUUUAAUUCAGGCUCGUUUAUCUUAAUACGUGUGUAGUACGCUCUCAUUUAGCUCCAAAACACUAUUUUGAGACGUUCUACUGACUGUACUGUUUUGUUCUGUCUUCUUUAAGCAAAUGUAGCUGAUUUUGUAAAAUGCCAAAUGGUAAAAAGAUUAAAAAUAAAAGAUUAUUUAUUUUUAAUUACUUGAAAAUCGUGCCCCUCAAAGUGCGAGUGCUUACCUCAAUAACAAAUUACAGCUUGCUGACUCAGCACAAUGCACUAGGCAAUAUAAUUUAUUAUGGCAUAAAUACAUAUUAUGUAUAUUUUCUUGAUGUCCAAUAUUUACGGCCAUAUUUAUUAUUUAAGAUUAAGCAUGUGGUUGUCUGUGUGUUUUGUUUUAAACAAGAAUUAAAAAAGAAAUUAUUAACAUGCUUGCUUAUUAUGCUUUACAAAGAAUGUUUAUUAUGCAAGGCAUUAAACAAGACAGGUGUGUGGUCAUCAGUGAAAGUAUCAGGAGGGUAUGGUCAAUUUCCAACGAAGGCGGAAUGGAAAAUGUCACUUGUGGUGUUGCUCACCUAGGGAAAAAUCAGAUCUUAGUCCCUUUUGCGUACAGGUUAAACAAAGCCAAACAUCCACGUUUAAUCAGGAAGUAAUAACUUUGAGUUUAACAUCAGCUUCUGCUAAGCUUAAACAUAACUAAUAAUACUGUAUUUUAGGUACCAUUAUUAAAGCUGGAACAGUAAAGAUCGACAGUAUCUGUAUCUGUGUGUAUCGGGGCAGUGGUGGCUUAAAUGGUUAAGGUUCUGGGUCGUUGACCAGAUCAGGGGUUCGAGCCCCAGCACCGCCAAGUUGCCACUGUUGGGCCCUUGAGCAAGGCCCUUAACCCCCUCUCAGGGGUGCUAUAUCAUGGCUGACCCUGUGCUCUGACCCCAACCUCCAAGGAUGGGAUAUGCGAAGAAUUUCACUGUGCUGUAAUGUAUAUGUGACAAAU